AUGUUUGGUCCCAUCUUCUCUUCUCUCCUGAUUCGGCGUCCUCAAAAUAUAGCUGAAAUCCUGGACGAAUACCGCAAAUGUUUCUCGGUGGUACGUAGCACAUCGGAGGAGAUUGCUCAGCUUGAAAAUCCGAAAGUGCAUAUGAUCAAGGAAUCUAAAGAGUCAAUCGUCGAAAUAUUAAGCGACACGUUAGGAACGAUUUGUGUUUUACAACAUGUCCUCGCGAACGAAAUCCUUUCGACACUCGGUCGCGGUUACGAAAAUAGCCGAUGGAGUGAGGAUAGGACGACUUGCGGUCAUAGCCAUGGUCGCGGGCAUGGUGGUGGUCAUUGGGGUGCUCGCGGUUGCACAGGCAAAAUGUCAAUCACGCGCCAAUUAUCGAUGAUAAACGUGCUUAUUGAGAUGUGGGCAUUGCAAAAUGAGCUCGUCUGCCUUAUAAAUGAAAUAAAGCAGGAGGCAGAAGAUACCGGGAGUCUGUAG